AUGAAGAACGCAGCAAUUAUCGGGAUGGUCGCGGUGGAACUGUUCACGGACGUGUGUCCUGCCACCUGUCGGCUGUUCCUGGAACUGCUAGACGGAGACGGCUUGGGACAUGGAUACGUUGGCACACAGUUCUUCAGGAAGGUACCGAACCUUUACUGGAGCGGCGGCGACGUGAUAUACGACAACGGCUUCGGGUGCUACGCGCAGCGUGGUCGAAUUCGGCCCAUUCCCGCUGAAAAUUAUCAUUUUUCCCAUUCCAUGCCAGGUCUGCUGUCAAUGCAAGUCUCUUCAGAGGGAUGCGUGUGUGGGGUGUUCAAUAUAACCUUUAAGCCCUUGCCUCAAUUUGAUUUAAAGAACGUUGUAUUCGGCAGGAUCAUACGCCCCUCUUCUACAUAUGAAGUAAUCAGAAAACUCGGCUCACCGCUCAGUUCUUAUCCUAUCAUCGAAAUUGUCGCCACGAGAAGGAAGGUGGGCAGCAAAUGUAUUCGAGGCUCUCGUAAUACUGUACUAAACACUACAUCAAUGAGAAAAGUCAUGUAUUAA